AUGACGACUGCCGUAGCCAUGCCCUCGAUGCACCAGCACCGCCCCCCCUCUGUUCCCAUUGCCCUCGCUCCCGCCCCUGCCCGCAAGAUCCAGAACCUCUCUCCUGGCAAGGAGAACAGAGUCACCGGCAAGCCCACCUCCAACAACGGCCCCGUCUCCAAUAUCCGCUCGCGCAGGGAGCGCCCUUGUGACGCCUGCCGGAGAAGAAAGAGUCGGUGUGUGAUACACGAAGGUGCUGCCCUGUGUGUCUUGUGCGAGUUUCACAAGCAGGACUGCACCUUUGUACAAAGUCCUCUGCCAAGAAAGCGAAAGGUCGUCGUCGACGCCGACAAGAAGGACUCGCCCAAUGCUACGAAGAAGAGGUCGGUUGACACAGAGCCUCCACCACUAGCGCUAUCAACAGCAAAGAUCGCUGCGACCACCGCAUCAAGCCCUCCACCAUUACCACCCCCACCUCCAUCACAGCUGGCCCGGCUGACCAACGUUGACCUUCCGCAACUGGGUGAGACUUUAGGUCUACAACGCCGGCAACAUAGUCGGUACAUCGGGCUGAGUUCUCCAUUCGACUCGUUGCUGAUUGGCCUAUCCCAAUUCGAUACCCGCAACGAAUCCGCCUUUGAUCUGGGUACCCUUCGACGCGUGAACGACCAUGAAUGUUUCAUUAUGCUACCCGACGAAAACACACAAGACUAUGCUGGCGAAGCCGACGCACUGAAUCUUGUCGAGCAACUUGUGCAUCCGCAUGGCCCUGCUCUUUUGGAUCUCUACUUCCAGGUCGUUCAUCCUAGCUUCCCCAUCAUUCAGAAACACCUCUUCGUCGAACGCUAUCGCAAUGGUGAUCGAUCCUUUUCACCGGCCCUCUUGGCCGGCAUGUACAUACUAGCUCUGAAUUGGUGGUCCCUGAACCCUAAGCUCGCGAGCUACUCGAAGCCUGAUGCAGCUCGGCUAGAAGCCAUCGCGAUGAAGGCCUUGACCAUGGCCAUGGAGCGACCGAAGCUGUCGACCGUCCAGGCUGGUUUGCUGCUGCUGCAGAGACCAGAGGCCGACUCGUGGAGUCUAACGACGCAAUUGGUGGCGAUUGGACAAGAACUGGGCCUGCAUCUCGAUUGCACGUCGUGGUCGGUGCCACUGUGGGAACGUGGGCUACGCAAGCGAAUUGCAUGGGCGCUCUACAUGCAAGACAAAUGGAGCUCGCUGAUUCACGGUCGGCCGUCACACAUUUUCAAUGCCAACUGGGCCGUCAAGCCAAUCACCGAGGACGACUUCAACGAACAAGGGGACGGGUACGACACAAAACACGAAGAGACGGAAGACGAGCGGGAAGAGAGUGACAGGGGUCGGAUCCUCUUUGCACAAAUGAUUAGCCUGACGCAGAUCAUGGCCGAAGUCAUGGACACCUUUUACACGCAAACAGCCAUUCACGACUUUGCCAAUGCGGGCAAGAAGUCUACCGAGUUGAUCCUCGCACGCGCCAAGCCGGUGCAAAUCAAACUUCGUCAGUGGCACGAGAAGCUGCCUGCGGACGUCAAGAUGCAAGCGCCAGCCAAGGGCAAGCUCACCUCGACAGGUUACCUCCAUCUUGCCUACUUUGCCACGGAAAUCACUCUCCACCGCCGCAUCGUCCAGUCUCUGGACGCGGCGAACCCCGACUCAUACGGCCUCUUCAUGUGCCGUAAUGCGGCAAAGACACGACUGAUAUCCGCCAUGGACUUUGUCAACCGGCUCAAACCCGAGCACCUCCAAGCCUUUUGGUACUUUGCCUCCAAGGUAAACUUCACCCUCAUCGGCACCUUUGGCUCCCUCCUGUGGGCCACGGCCCCAGCCAAGGAAGAAGCAGAAUUCUACAAGCUCCGGCUGCGCGAAUACCGCUGGACCCUCUCCGUCUCGUCCAAGCGCGCAGACUUUCUCGAGUAUGCCGUCUCCAUGCUCGAUGCGAGCCGGGCCAUGCUCAACAAUCUGGCCGAGAAGCCCAGCCUGGCUGAGCAGAUUAGCAAUGCGGGUGUGCCGCCGGCAGCGCCUCCACGACAGUACUCGUCGUUUUCGUCGUCGCACAUGGCGCAGCAGCAGCAGCAGCACGAGUUUGCGCGGUAUGACUGCGAAGAUGUCGACAUGGAUGACGACAAUGAUCUCCAGCGCAUGUCGUCUGGCGAGAGCUUCGAGGGCUUCAACGAUGGAUCGCAAUAUGGCAGCCAACCACCGAGCCGGCCACACACGGCCGGUAACUCCCCCCACUCAGGCUGA